GUGGGGGCCACGCUGGUUUGAGCUUGGAAGAGAAAGCCGGCAGCUGUCAGUGGGCAUUUCCGGGCUCGCCUUCCUGGCCCGGUUCUGAGUAGCGGACUUCGGCGUUUUGGGCUUGCCUUCAGAGGCCAGUCUCUGAGCUCCCGGAGCCCAGCAACGACCUGUGUUGUAGAAACCUCUGAAAUGCAGGGCCAGGCGCAAUAAGCCGGAGCGCCAAGCCCAGUCACGGCCGAAGCCGCUGCGUUGGGGCCCCUUGUAGGCGCUCCUUCCCCCUUGUCUUUGUGCCCGCCUGCGUCCUCAGACCCAGAGGCAGAUUGUCUUGCAAGAUUCAGAACUCCAAAAAUGUUUCCCUUGAAGGAUGCUGAAAUAGGGGCCUUUACCUUCUUUGCCUCAGCUCUGCCGCAUGAUGUUUGUGGAAGCAAUGGACUUCCUCUCACCCCAAAUUCUAUCAAAAUUUUAGGGCGCUUUCAAAUCCUUAAGACAAUAACCCAUCCCAGACUGUGCCAGUAUGUGGAUAUUUCUAGGGGAAAGCAUGAAAGACUUGUGGUGGUGGCUGAACACUGUGAACAGAGCCUGGAAGAUUUGCUUCGAGAAAGGAAACCUGUGAGCUAUUCAAAGGUGUUGUGCAUAGCAUUUGAAGUACUUCAGGGUUUGCAGUAUAUGAAUAAACAUGGCGUAGUGCACCGGGCACUGUCUCCUCAUAAUAUCCUGUUGGAUCGAAAGGGGCAUAUUAAAUUGGCUAAAUUUGGACUUUAUCACAUGACAGCUUAUGGUGAUGAUGUUGAUUUCCCAAUCGGGUAUCCAUCAUACUUGGCACCUGAGGUAAUUGCACAAGGAAUUUUCAAAACCACUGAUCAUGCACCAAGUGAAAAGCCAUUGCCUUCUGGCCCAAAAUCAGAUGUUUGGUCUCUUGGGAUCAUUUUAUUUGAGCUUUGUAUGGGAAGAAAAUUAUUUCAGAGCCUGGAUAUUUCUGAACGUCUAAAAUUUUUGCUUACUUUGGACUGUGUGGAUGACCCUGUAACGGUGCUGGCUGAAGAGCAUGGUUGUCUGGACAUCAUAAAGGAGCUUCCUGAAAAUAUGAUAGAUCUUUUGAAGAAGUGCCUGACCUUCCAUCCAUCUAAGAGGCCAACCCCAGAUGAAUUAAUGAAGGACAAAGUGUUCAAUGAAGUGUCACCUUUAUACACCCCUUUCACCAAACCUGCCAGUCUGUUUUCAUCUUCUCUGAGAUGUGCUGAUUUAACUCUACCUGAGGAUAUCAGUCAGUUGUGUAAAGAUAUAGACAGUGAUUACCUGGCAGAAAGAUCCAUUGAGGAAGUUUAUUACCUUUGGUGUUUGGCUGGUGGUGACUUGGAGAAAGAGCUUGUUAAUAAGGAAAUCAUUCGAUCCAAACCCCCUAUCUGCACCCUUCCCAAUUUUGUUUUUGAAGAUGGUGAAAGCUUUGGACAAGGUCGAGAUAGAAGCUCACUUUUAGAUGAUACCACUGUGACAUUGUCAUUAUGCCAACUGAGAAAUAGAUUAAAGGAUGUUGGUGGAGAAGCAUUUUAUCCAUUACUUGAAGAUGACCAGUCUAAUUUACCUCACUCAAACAGCAGUAACGAAUUGUCUGCAGCUGCCACACUCCCUUUGAUCAUCAGAGAGAGGGACACCGAGUAUCAGCUCAACAGAAUCGUUCUCUUUGACAGGCUGCUCAAGGCUUAUCCAUAUAAAAAAAAUCAAAUUUGGAAAGAAGCAAGAGUUGACAUUCCACCUCUUAUGAGAGGUUUAACCUGGGCUGCUCUUCUGGGAGUUGAGGGUGCUAUUCAUGCUAAGUAUGAUGCAAUUGAUAAAGACACUCCAAUUCCUACAGAUAGACAAAUUGAAGUGGAUAUCCCUCGUUGUCAUCAAUACGAUGAACUUUUAUCAUCACCUGAAGGCCAUGCAAAGUUUCGGCGUGUAUUGAAGGCUUGGGUGGUAUCUCAUCCUGAUCUUGUGUAUUGGCAAGGUCUUGACUCACUUUGUGCUCCAUUCCUGUACCUAAAUUUCAAUAAUGAAGCCCUGGCUUAUGCAUGUAUGUCUGCUUUUAUUCCCAAAUACCUGUAUAACUUCUUCUUGAAAGACAACUCACAUGUAAUACAAGAGUAUCUGACUGUAUUCUCCCAGAUGAUUGCGUUCCACGACCCUGAGCUGAGCAAUCACCUCAACGAGAUCGGCUUCAUUCCAGAUCUAUAUGCCAUCCCUUGGUUUCUCACCAUGUUUACUCAUGUAUUUCCAUUGCAUAAAAUAUUCCACCUCUGGGACACUUUGCUACUUGGGAAUUCCUCUUUCCCAUUCUGUAUCGGAGUAGCAAUUCUCCAGCAGCUGCGGGACCGUCUUUUGGCUAAUGGCUUUAACGAAUGCAUCCUUCUCUUCUCUGAUUUACCAGAAAUCGACAUUGAACGCUGUGUACGAGAAUCAAUCAACCUGUUUUGUUGGACUCCUAAAAGUGCUACUUACAGACAACACGCCCAACCUCCAAAGCCGCCUUCUGACAGCAGCACACUCAGAAGCUCAGCACCGUAUUUCUCUGCAGAAUGUGCAGAGCCCCCAAAGACAGAUCUGUCAAGAGAAUCCAUCCCAUUAAAUGACCUGAAGUCAGAAGUAUCGCCUCGGAUUUCAGCAGAGGACCUGAUUGACUUAUGUGAGCUGACAGUGACAGGCCACUUCAAAACGCCUACCAAGAAAACAAAGUCCAGUAAACCAAAGCUGCUGGUGGUUGACAUCCGGAAUAGUGAAGAUUUUAUUAGGGGUCACAUUUCGAGCAGCAUCAACAUCCCAUUCAGUGCCGCAUUCACUGCAGAAGGAGAGCUCGCCCAAGGCCCUUACGCCACGAUGCUCCAGAGCUUCAAGGGGAAGGUCAUUGUCAUUGUGGGAAAUGUGGCGAAGCACACAGCUGAGUUUGCAGCGCAUCUUGUGAAGAUGAAAUACCCAAGGGUCUGUAUUCUGGAUGGGGGCAUCAACAAGAUCAAGCCCACAGGCCUGCUCACUGUCCCGUCUCCUCAGAUAUGAAGACCCAAGGAGCGUGGCUGGCAAAAAGACACAGUGGCAGUGACAGCCGGCAGCACAGCUCUGCCCAGCCAUGUCACCCCAAGACGGCGCAUCCCCGACGGUCACAUUUCCAUAAAACUUUGCCACAAGGCAUUGUUGUAAAUCUCAUCACCCAAAUGCUCAGUACCCAUGCAAGGAACUUGAUGGUACACGCAUUACUGAAAGAAUUUUCUUCACAGUGAAAUCUGAUCAUGUCUUUUCACCACGCUGCCACAUAAAGCCAGAGGAAUUUAGCUGACGGGGCAGGUUUAAUACUAUCAAGAAACCCACUUGCACUGAAAAUCAGUCCUUCACUGCACAGAACAGACGGUCCUAACUAAGGGUUAUUUAGAAAUAAAUACAGGCUAGAUAUGGGCUGAAAACAUCUUUUCAUGAAAACAAAAACUGAAAUGCCAUUCACCAUGUGUUCCCUAUGAGUGGGUGCUGCAUUUGGUAAUUCAGCCACAUGAGCUGUAUGUAUAUGCACGCACAUGUAUGUAUGUAUUUGUGUCUAUAUGUAUGUUUAAAAGGAUUAGAGUUCAGCCCAUUGUAGAAAGAGGCAAUAGUUUACUCCCAGAAAAAUGAAAUUCAGGAACAAUAUUUGGUAGAAUAUGUGUGUUCACCUCCUGUGCAGAGAAAUCCAAGGAACUUAAAUAGAUGUCUGUUUUAUACCUCAGAGUCUCCAUGGUCAGGCCAGCAGCAGUGCAGUGGCUUCAUCAUUCCCAACCCAGGUGUCCCCUUGCUGCUUCUCCACCCUCAGCACCUGGCUCCAUCUCCUGGGUGAAAGUGACCACUUUCACAUCUGCAAUCCAGGAGGAAGGGAAUGGAGGACAGAGGGGAGAGACAAGAGAGGGGAAAGAAAAAAUAGGAAGGAGAAGAAAAGAAAAUGGGAGGCAUGUUUCCUUCUUAAAGGGCAUAAAUCAGAAGUGAUCCACUUCUCAGCAUUGGGCGGAACCCAGGCGUGUGACCACCCCCAGCAGGUGGAAGUCUCAGGCUGAUACCGUCUCCCCAGCUACAAGGAGACAAGAAAGCACAUAGGGACAGCCAGCAGCCUCUGCUAUAUUAUUUGGAAACCUAAGUACUAUUAUUCACUGAGUCUGAGACAUCAUAAUUUUGUAUACCACCAGGAAAGAGAACAUGCAGCAGGAUGAACUGUGGCACACCAGUUCAACCCCAUUUCAGAAACUUGAAAAAUUACACAUCUCAUAAUUAUUGAAAUCCAUCUUUGACCGUCUUCCAAAUUUGCUUUAAAUUCAAAUGUUCCUUCCUCUAUAACUUUUAUUCAUUUUUAGUGUGAAGAGUACCUCGUUUGAACUUUUCAAUAAAAGCCUCAAUUCAACUUUC